GUUGAACAUACUGUACUUUUAAAGAAGUCACCUUAUUGAUGCUUUCUUUUUAUUAGAAAUAGUGAUUGGUUAAAUACAUUGAUUUAUCUAUACUAUAGAUAUCGAUCAAACUAUACUUAAAAAAAAAAGAAUUUAGUCAAUGACAUCAUACGAAUAUUCUUUACGUCACUUUAUUCCUUGUAUUGAAGUGUGAAGUGAUUCCUAGUGACAGCGUCCAUUUGAAAUAUGUCUAUAUAAGGUUUAAAAAACUAUAUUUAAUAAAAUUUGUUAAAAAUUGAUUUAUUAUAAAUUUAUUAUAGAAGUAUUUUAGAUAUAAUUCUCUGUGGUGCAUAUUGCAAAUAUAAUUUCAACAUUUAAUUAUAUUUAAAAAAAUGGAGACUAUUAUACAACAAAAAGUAAUUGAAGUUGCAAAUACUGUUGAGAAACAAUUAGAUGCAGAAUUAGAGAGGCUGGAUAAUUUGGAUAUUAAUGAUAUCGAGAAACUAAGAGAAAAUCGUUUACAAGAACUUAAAAAAUUACAAAAACAGAAACAAGACUGGCUUUCUUUGGGUCAUGGAGAAUAUACAGAAAUACCAGAUGAAAAGGAAUUCUUUGAAAUUUCCAAGAAAUCUCAGAAUAUUGUUUGCUUAUUUUAUAAAGAUGAUUCACCAAGAUGUAAAAUUGUAGAUCAUCAUUUCAAAAUACUAGCUAACAAGCAUUUGGAAGCAAAAUUUUGUAAAUUGAAUGUUGAACGCUGUCCAUUUCUUACUGAACGUUUGCGCAUAAAAAUCAUUCCUACGAUAGCGCUUAUAGUAAAUGGGAAAACAAAAGAUUACAUUGUUGGUUUUACUCAGUUGGGUAAUUGUGAUGAUUUUUCUACUGAAAUAUUAGAAGGCCGAAUUGCCCAAUCUGGUGCUAUUAAUUGUAAUGAUGAUUUUAUACAUUCUUCUAACAAUACUAAAAAGCCGUGGUUGUCUCAUAUAGUAAAACCUAAAACUAUUAAAGGACAUGAAUCUGAUGAUUCUGAUGAUGAUUAAACUUAUGAUCACUAUUAAUACAUAUAUUUUUAUUUACAUCAAUAGUCUUAAUGUUUAUAUUUUUCAAAUGCUUAAUGUAUGCUAUAGUAAAAAUGUUUGAUUAUUUUCAAUCGAAAUCUUAAAUAAAAAUAUUUGAUACAAUGUGU